UCCAUGGGUUUCCAAAUGAUACAGGCAUUUUCGACUUUUGGAAAAGUUUUCCAAAGAACUUUUGUCACCGCAAAAAUGAAUCCUCGUUCUCCUGCCCAGUUGCGCUUGCUUCCUAGUUCAAGCUGUUUUUUUGACGAGCCGGUUCAAGUAAAAGUGAACGGUUUAUCUCCACAGCAAAAGGUAGAGUUGAGAUGCAAAGUCACAGACGACAAAGGUGUCGUCUAUAACUCUUCAGGAACGUACCUGGCAGACCACAACGGGGAGGUGGACGUGAGCAGCCAGCCGUCCCUGGCUGGCAGCUUUACUGGUAUUGAACCAAUGGGCUUGUUUUGGUCCUUGAAGCCUGACCAGCAGCACAGUAAAUUAACGAAGAGGGACGUUGUGAGCCCGAUACAGUUUCUUUUUGAGGUGGUCAGUGGUCACGGAGAGGUCCUUGCACAAGAAAUCAACACCAGGCGGUUUAUGGCUGACGGUGUUCGAAGGAUACAAGUAAAAGACGGCAGGAUACGUGGAUGUCUGUUCUUGCCACCUGGUCCUGGUCCGUUUCCUACAGUUAUAGAUAUAUAUACUUUGGGCGGCGGCAUAUCAGAGGUACGAGCAUCGUUACUGGCAAACAAAGGUUAUGUUGUUUUGGCCCUGGCUUACUAUGGCUACCAGGAUUUGCCCAAAGCAGUGAGCAAACUGGACCUGGAGUACUUUGAAGAGGCUGUGACAUUCUUGCAGAAGUUGCCUGAGGUGAAAGGUCCUGGAAUUGGAGUUUUGUCUAUUUCAAAGAGUGGAGAACUGUCACUGGCGAUGGCAUCUUUCCUGUCAGGCAUUUCAGCUGUAGCUUGUAUUAACUCCUGUAGUGCCAAUGUGCUAUUUCCCCUCCAUUAUAAAGACAUGGUCAUCCCUCCCCUUCCGUUCGACCUUAAAAAAACCUUCAUUACGGAGUCUGGUAUUUUAGACGUCAGAGACACGCUGGCAGACGCAGCAGCUGAAGAAAAUCUUGCCUGUGUGAUUCCGGUCGAGCGAACCAACUGUAACAUCUUGUUUCUGGUGUCAGAAGACGACAGGAAUUGGAACAGUCUCUAUCAUGCUCAGCUGGCCACCAAGCGACUGAGGGAUCAUGGGAAAGCUAAUUACGAGAUAAUCACGUACCCCAAAGCAGGUCACUUCCUAGAGGUUCCUUAUAUGCCGCACUGCCCCUCAGGAUUCCAUGGUGCCGUGGGGAAAGUAGUGAAUUUUGGGGGUGACCUCAAAACUCACGCAGAGGCCCAGAUAGAUGCUUGGAAGAAGAUCCAGGAGUUCUUCAAGAAAAACCUGGACUGUGUCAGUGACGGUUAUCGAUCCAUGCUUUAACACGCACAUUCAUACAGUCGGCCCUCCAUAUCCGCGGAUCGAAAAUGUUCAGGGAAGAAAAAUCCAGAAGGUUCCAAGUAGCAAAACUUGAAUUCGCCAUGCGCCGAGCACUACGGUGAAUUCGCUUGAAUGAAGCGAUAUGUAGACAUACCUGCUGCCUCCCGUCAUUUCACAGAAACUCAGUCUCUCUCCAGCACUCGUUGUUUGAGCAUUGUUCGCCUCAGGUCCCGUUGGUUCACUUCUUGUGUUUAAAAAAAAAUAAUUUUUUUCUCUGUUUACAGUUAUGUUUUCUGUAUGUACUUGUAUCUUAAAUACUCUGUGUUUUUAAUCAGUGGAUUUCUCCUUCAGGUAAUUAAACGAAAGCAAUCUGUAAGUGUUGAAAGAAAGAAAAUAUUACGUUGUUGCUGACGUGUACUAGCCUAUGUAGUUAGGCUACGAUGGUUGCGUCUGUGGUGAACAUGUACGUACUUUAUUUUCUUGUCAUCAUUCCCAACACAAUACAUAACAGCUACCUCCAUAGCGCUUACGUUGUCUUAGGUAUUAUAAGUAAUCUAGAGAUGAUUUAAAGCGUAUGGGAGCAUGUGCGUAGGCCGACUGUAUUCACAUUUACCCGUUUAGCAGACGCUGUUAUCUAAAUGGGCUUCCAAGACACACACACUACUAAUAGUUUUAUCUUUUGCCAACUCUAGGUGUUUACAAGUUUAUCAGUUGUUUACUGAGAAAUAUGACAUAACGGUGGGUUCUGAGGUUCAGUAGAAUGACUCUACCUCUAAUUAAAUUCAUCCAGGUUUAAUGAAGUUCAUCCACGUCUUUCAUUAACAUGCGUACAUUGUAAUGAGUUAUGAACAGGAAUGGACAGUGCCUUAAUUUUUAUAAUUAUUCAGAGACCUGGUGACAAUGUAGUGGCCUUUUUACAGAGGAAUUCUGGUACUUUCAAUGAGACAGUUAACCUUAUUGUUUACUAUGAAAAAUAUUUAUUUGUUUCAGGAGUCCACAUGUGUCAGUGCAUAGAGUAUAUUCAACUUAUGUACUGAGAUUACUUUAUGUUGUUGAUUGCAUGCAUGAUUGCAUGCAGUAAAUAAAUAUAUAUCAUAUCUGAUGAAUGGUAUUAACAGUACUCGUAUAGAGUAAGUGAUCAAUCUGCAGAU